AUGGCGGAAUCUAAUUCAGAGGAAUUGUUGGCUGCUGCUGGAGGCAAUGAUGAGCAACUGAAUUUUGCACAAUAUAAAAUGAUGCAAACAUCACUGACACGAAUUCCUAACUCAACCAAAUCAUUUAUCGCUGUUGGAUCCAAGAAUCCUAUUUCGACUGGUAAUUCUGUGGUAAAUCCCGACAUUCGUAUUAAUGUUGUCACGGAUUUUAACUUAGAAGAAGACACAAAUACCACAAAAUCAAGCUGGAAGAUGGGUAAAAGGCAAGAGUUAGGUUAUAAUGGAGAUCAUACGAAGGGAAUAGAUCCUACGCAAGUUUGUUCAGACAUUGACCUUAAUGGCAAAAGCACUGGAGACCAUGGCUUGAUGGCGAAAGACAAGGCUAUUCGGAUGCAGGAAAACCCAACAAAGCGAAAAUUAGCUGAUGACAGGGUAGGCAUUGCAACAGGUUUGGGGAGUCCUCGAGCAUUCGCAAAUUUGAGGCGACUUGUCCAGGACAGGAAGCCAUCUCUCAUCUUCCUUCUAGAGACUCGACUAGGAGGCUAUAGAACUCAGGAUUUUCACAUCAAACUUGGUUUCAAUGGUGGAAUAAGUGUAGAUAGUGUGGGCAACAGUGGUGGUUUAAUGUUGAUGUGGCAAGAGGAGUGGGAGGUCCAGCUUCUAUCCUUCUCGAAAUUCCAUCUCCAUUUUGUUGUUUCUUACAAACAUGGACAAAAAUGGAACAUCGUUAAUUUCUAUGGAGAUCCAGUUGCUUCGGAACGCCACAACUCUUCGACACUAUUACGAAGACUGGUGGGGGGUUGUGCUCACCCGGCUGUAUGCAUAGGCGAUUGUAAUGAAAUUUUGAUGGCUAACAAGAAAUGGGGAGGCAAUAACUGUACUAUAUUUUCUAUGGAUGGUUUUAAGGAUAUGGUACAUGAAUGUGAAUUGAGUGAUCUUGGCUUCUCGGGUCCAGAAUUCACGUGGGCUAAACACUCUCGUGCGGACAAUAAUAUUCUGAUCACCUUGCCAUUGAACUCGUCCUACAUUGAAAUAUUGGGGGAACUCCAAUGCGGAGGAGGCAACGCCAAUUCAAAUUUGAGCCACUUUGGCUAUUCCGUGAACCCAGUAGUCUCAGAUCAAAUGAAUGGAAUACUUGGGGAAGCUUUUGCUGACAAAGAGGUCAGUGAACCGGAAGGGGUGAUAUCCAUUGGGGUUGUAAUUUGUAAUCAUCGUGGGGAGGUAAUGGGAUUGCUGGGCAAAGUCGUGAAUGGAAAUUAUUCUCCACUCACAACGAAAAUGUUAGCCAUCACAGAGGGACUGGAAUCUGCAGCAGAAAUUGGGUUAUGGGUUCACAUUGCAGAAACGGAUUCACUGUUCUCGGUCCAAAUCAUCAACCUUCAUUUUCCAUUUUGUCCUGUGCUGAAUGUAGCUGAGGAUUGCAGACUUCUCAUGGCUCGAAUGGGAACUGUCUUAUUCGACGCUCUUCAAGACUGA